AUGGAUGACUCCUCGGCGGGAAAGACCGUGCAAGAUAGAGACCAGGCUCAAGUCGACAAUGAUACCCUUGCUCCCAAAUAUGCUCGGAAGUCUCUACGACGAUCUUUCCAGCUGUCUCUCACCUUGGAUGCAUUCGCGGAUAAUGCACUUCAGGCAUUGAGAGAAGUACGCACCCCGGAACCAUUCAUCCUCGGCUCGCAGGAAGAUGCUUCCAGUGAAUCUACGGAGCGAAUUCAUCGCAUCAAGGCCGCAGAUUCUGACGGAUCGGAAGUUGAAAAGAGGGCAAGCCAGGCCAGCCAGCAACAAGAUGAGGCUUGGGACCACGAUCAAGCGAAUCCGCAGAAUUGGCCAGUCCGAAAGAAGUGGAGAGUCGUCCUGGUGGCAAGCUGGAUAUCCUUCAUCACACCCCUGGCGUCCACGAUGGUCAGUCCAGCUUUGCCUGAAAUCGCUCAAGGGCUGAGGAUCGAAUCACACAAGAUCACCGCCCUCAUCGUCAGCCUAGACAUCCUUGGCUUUGCAGUCAGUGGUGUGCUCUCAGCGCCUCUGAGCGAGAUGUACGGCCGUCGACCACUCUACAAUCUAUCCACCGUGUGCUUCGCAGCGUUGACCCUAGGAUGCGGCUUUGCUCCCAACAUCGCCGUUCUCCUUGCAUUGAGAUUCAUUCAUGGAGCUCUAGGAACUGCUUGUAUGGUCAUUGGCGGAGCCACAUGUGCCGAUGUGUUUGAUCCAAUGCAGAGGGCACAGGCGGUGGCUGUGUGGGCCUCUGUGAUAUUGCUCGGACCCAACGUGGGUCCUAUAAUCGGGGGAAUCGUGGUACAAGCGAAAGGCUGGCGCUGGAUAUUUUACAUCUUCGCCAUGGCAGGUGCUGUGAACGUGGUGUUGUCUCUGCUUCUCAUGCCGGAGACUGCUGCAGUCGUCCUCAAGCAGCGCAGGAUCGCAAGACUCAAAGCAGACAUCGAUACGGCCGACCGCAGCUCACGGAACGGAACAUCACUACGAGCCCUCGCACGGCCACUUAAGCUGCUGUUCUUCUCCCCCGUGGUAUUGAUCAUGGCCAUCUACUCCGCCAUUACUCAUGCCGUCGUCUACCUUUUGUUCACCUCCAUCCCCUUCACUUUCAGCCCGCAGUAUCAUUUCUCACCGCGGACAACUGGCCUGACAUACCUCGCACCAGGCUUGGGCAUGAUGUUUGGAGCUUUCGCUGGAGGUUUUCUCAGUGGCCGAACUGCAAAGCUGACAAUGGCGGACGGUACACAUUCGCCAGAGAAGCGACUGGACUCUGCCAUCACAGUCCCAGGAAGUUUGUGCAUGGUAGCAGGUCUACUUCUCUACGGCUGGAGUGUGAAUUUCCAUAUCCACUACAUGUCCGCGCUCGCCGGACUGCUAAUGUAUGGCUUUGGUCUUGCAUUCACGGGAACCUGCGCGCAGACAUAUGUGGUUGAGUGCCAUUUGGAACACUCUGCUAGCGUGACCGCUGCGUUCACGGUUCUGACAUCCAUCUUGUCCGGAAUUCUUCCAAUGACCGGAUUAGAAAUAUUUUCUUCCCUCGGAAUGGGAUGGGGCAAUGUUCUGUUGGCCGGGGUUGUUGCAAUCUCAAGCUCCGCAUUCCUGAUAUGUCGCACGAAAGGCGCAUACCUGAGAGAUAGAUACAGAGUUCGAUUAUGA